AUGAAAAAAGGAAAAUUAAAUCCAAUGAUGGAAAAACGACCAAUACCUCCGAAAAAUAUUGAAUGUAAUGUAAUAAAAGGAAGUAAAAAAGUAACAAAGAAAGAUGUUCACGAAACAAAGAAAACAAAAAAAGUUAUUAUUGAUCAUACUAUAAAUGAGUCUAAAGAAUUUUCAACAAUUGAACAAGAAAAGAAUAAAACUCAAAAACAACACCAAAACGAAAUGAAAAAGAAAGAAGUGAUAAACCAACAAGGACAAUUACUUCUUCAAAAAGAAGCACAAAGCAUAAUAAAUAAUAGUACUAAUAAAUACAUGAAGUCAAAUGGAGUAAUACAUCUUGUUAUGUUAAUGAGUAUUUUAGAUAGGAUAAGUGAUGAAGAAAUAUAUGCUUUAGGAGAGAUUGUUGACGACCAAUGGAUGAAUGAAAUUGGGAUGAUUAUAAAUGACCCCGAAGUUAGUCCAAAGGUAGUUCAACGUUCUUUGUUCUUAGCACAAAGUUUUCAUGAACGAGAUUUAAUGCCAAUUAAAGAAAUUCAAAGACUAGGACAAUUAAUUGGAAAAGGGCAAUAUGAAAUUAUUCUCAGUGGUUCAUUUUUUCUUAAUGACAAUAUUGUUCAACUUAUUUUCAUGGAAAGAAGAAUUAAAUCAUUCAUAUUUUGUGAUGAAACUAAUCAACAAUUCUUGUUUAUUGCAUCAAAUGAUGGAGUUAAAGGAAGGAUUUUAAAAGGAAAUGAUAUUUUCAUGCAGAAAAUUAAUGGAAUUUGGCAAAAUUUAACAUUGCCUGAAUAUAUUUGUUCAGUAAAAAUCAAAGAAAAGAACACGAUAUGGCUUUUUGAAACUAUAAGACUCAGUACUGAUAUGAAAAUAAGUUGUUUUGACCAGAAUAAUCAAAUACAUAUAGGGAGAUAUAUCAAGAAAUUAAUGAUUGUUACAUUUUAUUAA